AUGUGUGCGACUCGGUGUGAUGCUUCGUGCAUUACAGGGGGUGGAGGAGAAGUUGAAAGGGUCGAAGGGCGAAAUGCCGGAGAUGAAAUGGACGAGGAGCCGGUAUCUCAGGAGCCCCAAUUCAACGAAGAAGAAGUCUCUCGGCCUGAAAAUAAUGAUGAGGCCGAGGAUUGGUCAACCGAAGCAGAGUGGGCUCUAUUGCCACAGGACGCGGAAAAUGGGUUUGAGAUACCGAUGAUAUCAAUGGAGACGAGUUGCAGUGAGGAACCGGAAGAAUCUGUUCGUGAACUUCUCUUAAUACCGAGGACGAUGACGAUUGCGGUUCUUGCUGCUCAGAAAACAUUGAUCACAGCAAUAUCGAGAAAAUUCCAUCCGGCAGAUUUCAGGGAUCCUGCAGGGAAUUCCGGAAGGAGUUGCAAAUGCCGCGGGCAAAGCCAUACACGUGUAUGGCAUAUGCAGCGGGCAGUUCGCAACACUAAAAGGGUGGCGCAUUCACGCCUCGAGAAUGCACGAGCAGGAUGGCAUGACCUCGUGCUACCACCUCAAUACACGGCUGUACAGGAAAUUACAGCGUUGGAGCUGCACAACCUCGAUUGGUGCCCGAGGAAAAAAUGA